CUUUCUUACUAUUUUUCUCAUCCUUCACUACUAAAUAUCACAUUUCAAUUGAUCUUAAGUUGAGUACAAUGGAUUCCAAAAGAGCAAUCCUCGUCCUUGGCCUAUUGGCCAUGGUUCUUCUCAUUUCAUCAGAAGUAUCAGCCAGAGACUUAACCGAGACUUCCACUAAUACCGAAGAGGUAAAUGAUGCCAAAUAUGGUGGUGGACACUAUCAUGGUGGUGGUAGUCACUAUGGUGGUGGUGGACAUGGUGGACACCAUGGUGGUGGUGGACAUGGGGGACAUGGUGGUGCUUCCGGCAAUGAGGUUGUUGAAACAAAUGAUGUAAAUGAUGCCAAAUAUGGACACUAUGGUGGUGGCGGUAGUCACUAUGGUGGUGGCGGUAGUCACUAUGGUGGAGGUGGUAGUCACUACGGUGGUGGUGGUAGUCACUAUGGUGGUGGUGGACAUGGUGGACACUAUGGUGGUGGUGGAGGACAUGGUGGACAUGGUGGUGCUUCCGACAAUGGAAACUGAUGAUACAAUCAUACAUGAUGCACAUUCAAAGUAAUAAGUUUCAUGAGAAUGAAUAAUGUUUUGUGUUAAAUAAAAUCUUUUGUGGUUAUGUAUUAUCUAUGUAUAUGUUCGAAUCAAUAUGGUGAAUGUGUUAUCAUUUGUAAUAUAUCAAAUAUCAUCGUUGUUUCUA